AUGACCGAAUCUUGCAGGCAUAAUAAUUGGUUCUCAAUCCUAGUUAAUGGGGAGAGCUGUGGCUUCUUCAAAUCCACCCGAGGGCUGCGUCAGGGUGACUCGUUAUCCCCAUGCCUUUUUAUCCUUGCAGCCGAGGCUCUCAGUAGGGGCUUCUCUACUCUGAUUGCGGACGGGCUAUGCAGUCCUUUCAAGUUGAAACAGGGAUGCCUCCAACUCUCCCACCUCCUAUAUGCAGAUGACACGGUGCUAUUCAUCAAUGGGUCCCGCCGGUCGCUCUCAGCAGUUCGAGAUUUCUUGCAUAAAAUCAGUCAGCGUCAGGCCAGUGCAUUAACCUGCGGAAAAGUGCAUUUUUCUGUUCUUCUAAGCUCCCUGCAAGCUGAAGGCGGGCUGGGCAUCAGAAAAUUGAAGGAUGUCGUGAGGGCUCUCCAUCUCAAGAUGGCGUGGAGGGUCAGGCAUGGCCAGUGGGAAAUUGGCCGCAACAACUGCAAUAUGUGGCGGUGUAAUUGGUCCGGCCUGGGUCCUUUGCAAGACAUCCCUUCCAUUAUCAUCCCUUCUGAUCGUCGAGACCUUCUGAUGGUUGAUUUCCUUACAGCUAAUGACCUAAAGCAGGACACGCCGGUAGCUCUUCCUGCCUCGAUUCGGGCUCACAUCGUCAAUGGAGGAUUCUGCACUUCCAACAGCGACGACUCUUACAUCUGGCCUCAUGGCCCUGGUGGUAUUUUUUCUAUAAAUUCAGGGUGGGAGGUGGUGAGGACGCACAGGCAAAGAUUGCCCUGGGCAAAGUGGGUGUGGCACCCAUUACUUCCCCCUAAGAUCUUUGUUUUCCUUUGGAAGGUUCUGAUGAAUGUGCUCCCCAUUGAUGGAAAUGUUCAGAAAAAAGGAAUCUCCCUCGUGUCGAAGUGCAAAUGCUGCGAGUUGGGGCAUAAUCUCUCUUCUUACGCCGAAUCUGUCCCAUCUUUUCCUGCACAGGUCCCUGGCGCAGGGGAUCUGGAACCUUGUUGCCAACAUGCUGGAAGUGCCGUCAGCUCCUCAUUUCUCCAUUCUUGA